UGCACGGCGCCACCGAUGGGCGCGGAGGAGGGCACGGAGCAUCAGGGCCUCCCUGACAGCUCCGGAGACGCGCCAUCGCUCCGCAAACUGUCGAUGGUCCCGCUCAUCUUCAUCAUCUUCUACGAGGUCUCCGGCGGGCCGUUCGGGAUCGAGGACACCGUGGGCGCUGCAGGGCCGCUCCUCGCCAUCGUCGGGUUCCUGGCCCUCCCCGUCAUCUGGAGCAUACCGGAGGCGCUGAUCACGGCGGAGCUGGGCACCAUGUUCCCGGAGAACAGCGGGUUCGUCGUGUGGGUGGCCUCGGCGCUCGGCCCCUACUGGGGGUUCCAGCAGGGCUGGAUGAAGUGGCUCAGUGGCGUCAUCGACAACGCCCUGUACCCUGUCCUAUUCCUGGACUAUCUCAAGUCCGCCGUCCCCGCGCUGGGCGGAGGCGCGCCGAGGGCGGUUUCCGUCGUCGGCCUAACGGCGCUGCUGACGCUGCUGAACUACCGGGGGCUCACCGUCUUGGGGUGGGCGGCCAUCUGCAUCGGGGCCUUCUCCCUCACGCCUUUCCUCGUCAUGGGGAUCAUCUCCAUCCCCAAGCUCCGGCCGGCGCGGUGGCUCGCGGUGGACCUCCACGACGUCGACUGGAACCUGUACCUGAACACUCUGUUCUGGAACCUCAACUAUUGGGACUCGGUCAGCACGAUAUCCGGAGAGGUGAAGAACCCCGGCAAGACGCUGCCCAAGGCGCUGUUCUACGCGGUCAUCUUCGUGGUGGUCGGCUACCUGUACCCUCUCCUCGCGGGGACCGGCGCGGUGCCGCUGGACAGGGGGCAGUGGACGGACGGCUACUUCGCCGACAUCGCGAAGCUGCUGGGCGGCGCGUGGCUCAUGUGGUGGGUGCAGGCGGCGGCGGCGGUGUCGAACAUGGGGCUGUUCGUGGCGGAGAUGAGCAGCGACUCGUACCAGCUCCUGGGCAUGGCGGAGCGGGGCAUGCUGCCGGCCUUCUUCGCGUGGCGGUCCAGGUACGGGACACCGCUGAUCGGCAUCCUCUUCUCGGCCUCGGGCGUGCUGCUGCUGUCGACCAUGAGCUUCCAGGAGAUCGUGGCGGCCGAGAACUUCCUCUACUGCUUCGGCAUGAUGAUGGAGUUCAUCUCGUUCGUCCUGCUGCGGGUGAGGAUGCCCGACGCCCCGCGGCCGUACAGGGUGCCGCUGGGCACGGCCGGGUGCGUGGCCAUGCUGGUGCCCGCGACGGCGCUGAUCGUGGCGGUGCUGGCGCUGUCGACGCUGAAGGUGGCGCUGGUCAGCCUGGUUGCGGUGGCCGUCGGGCUCGUGCUGCAGCCUGCGCUGAAGUUCGUGGAGAAGAAGCGGUGGCUCAGGUUCUCCGUCAACCCCGACCUCCCGGGGAUUGACGUGACCCACCAGCCCGUCGCGCCGGACGACCCGUUGGUCGUGUAGGCAUGCUUGUUUAUCGUGCGUUGGUGCUCUCGACGAACUGGGCAAUCAACAAAGCAGGAUCAUGUUUUUUGAAUCUAGUUUGGGGUGAAUUAUACA